AUGGCAGGUCAACAGUCGCGGCUGUGCAGUACCACCAGCACCAGCUCCUCCAGCACCAGCACCUCCAGUACGAGUACCAGCAGCUCCAGCGCCUCCAGCAGCUCCAGAACCUCCAGCUCCAGUGCCUCCAGCACCAGCGCCUCUAGCUCCUACGUCAGCGCCUCCAGCUCCAGCGUCUCCAGCUCCAGCGCCUCCAGCUCCAGCACCUCCAGCUCCAUGGUCACUAGCUCCAGCUCCUCCAGCUCCAGUGCCCGCAGCACCACCAGCUCCGGCAGCUCCAGUACCUCCAGUACGAGCACCUCCAGGAACAGCACCUCCAGCUCAUCCGGUACCUCCAGCUCUAGUGUCUCCAGCAGCAUGGGCUCCAGCGGCAGGGUCUCCAGCUCCAACAGCGCCACUCCGAAGGUGGGUGCGUUGUGA